GACGAUAAUUUAUAGUAGGCAUACAGACUAAAAUCCCCGUCGGACUAAACUAAAAAUAUUAAAUAAAAACAACAGACUAUGUAAAAGACUCAUACAUGCUACAUCUUAAUGUAUUGACUGAUUUUCGAGCUUUAAAAUGAUUCCUUUUGUACGUGCACUUGGGCGCAAGUCGAGGUUGUCUUUAAACACGCGUCGUCAUACUAACAUUGGUCUGGAGCCUGAACCAGUAGAAGAAGUCAUCGAAGAGCUGUCAAAGGAAGCGAAAGAAAAGGUGAAACCGAAACCCAGUGAACGUUAUUUGAAGUUCAAGGAGAAACUGCGUUCCAAUGCACCCGUACUCUGUGUUCCCAAAGGCAUCCCACAUCCGGCACAUGAGAAGGAGCCACUGCCGCCUUGGCCUAACAAUACCAAUCCAUAUACUGGUGAAAUCGGUGGACCACGUGGACCUGAGCCCACCCGCUAUGGCGAUUGGCAGAGCAAGGGACGGGUUACCGAUUUCUAACUCAAACUUCAAGAACUAACCAAGAAAUGCAGCUCGAGAUUUUGUGAUUUAUUAACCAUGUUGACAACAGAAGCACUUACUAUUUGUUACACUUCAGCUGAAACAUCUUUUCGGAACGGUAGCCUGUAGUAGCUAGAUAGGGGAGAUCAUUCUUUCACCUUUUAUCAUUGUUGUUUGUGCUUCUGCGAAGGCAUUACAUAAAUUUCCAUUGUGUGGUUUCCAGAAUUUAUGUUGCACCAACAAUAAAAUAUAAAUUGAUAGCCUUUCUUUGGGCAGCCAUCUCCCAAAA